CCCCAUCAGCUGACAGCUCACACGUUAGCUUUAUCUUCAACCAGAUUAUCAACUUUUUAGCACCAACCAAACCUCAGAAUGACGUCAUCCUACCAACACUCCCAGUCAGAUGUCAGAGAGCACAAACUGGUCUCCCUCUGUUUCCACGCGGAGACCUGAAGAUGGGGCUCUGUGUUGUGUAGAGAGAGAAGCUAACAGGCUAACAUGGAGGGGGUUCUCUACAAGUGGACCAACUACAUGACAGGCUGGCAGCCGCGCUGGUUCGUGCUGCAGAGCGGAGUCAUCUCUUACUAUGACAGCGAGGACGACGUGGGCAAGGGAAGCAAAGGGUCCAUCAAGAUGUCCGUGUGUGAGAUCAAAGUUCAUCCGACAGACGCCACUCGUCUGGACCUGAUUAUCCCCGGCGAGCAGCAUUUCUACGUGCGGGCGGUGAACGCAGCGGAGAGGCAGCGCUGGCUCGUGGCUUUAGGGUCGUCCAAAGCUGGGACUCUGGACAGCCACAAACACAAAGGUCCAGACUGUCUGAAGACGAAGAUGUCUGAGCUCCGUCUGUACUGCGACCUCCUCGUCCAACAGGUCCAAACCAUCCAAUCGCAGCACAGCGCCGACACUGAGGACCCGCCCACCUCUGAGGCCUCCCUGCUCAGUGCGACCUGUACCACCUUCAUCAGGACCCUGGAGGAAUGCAUGACGCUGGCCAACCGGAGUCUGACCCCCGACCUCCGACCUCCUGAGAGGAUGAAGAGGUCCAUCAGUCACCCGGGGACCUACAGCUUCGACCGGUCAGGCGUGCUGAAAGAGUAUGUGAGUGGAGGUCAGAGGUCGUCGCAGCGCAGGAACCGGACCUGCUCCGACAGCUCCGUGUACGACGCCGAGCGUGUGACACUCAGUGUGAACGGCGACUCGUCCUCCAUCCCAGAGGAGAGAGGAGGCAGUGCCAAGACCCCGCCCACCGACACAGACACUGACCUCUCCAUCUGAUCACACACACACAUACACACACACACACACACACACAAUGAAGGACUCCUGAUGCUCAGACCCUCACAGAGGAAAGAGGAAGGACCAUAUAAGGAUUGGCAGUGUUUCCUGCAGCAGUCUGAGUACAGAAACACUGGAUUAGUGUGUGUGUGUGUGUGUGUGUGUGUGUGUGUGUGUGUGUGUGUGUGUGUGUGUGUUUUUCGGCAGGAAAUCCCCCCGGACAGUACCGGGCCUUUCUUCAACACACAUCUCUACAUGUCCCCCCCCCCCCCAGCAGGAGGAAGGACUUGGACACUUUGAGGAAAUUUAGACGCCAACGUUUGCACAGAUGUAAUUAGCUCCGUGUGUGUGUGUGUGUGUGUGUGUGUGUGUGUGUGUGUGUGUGUGUGUGUGUGUGUGUGUGUGUGUGUGUGUGUGUGUGUGUGUGUGUGUGUGUGUGUGUGUGUGUGUGUGUGUGUGUGUGUGUGUGUGCUGCCUCUUAGUGUGGCCCUGAGGGCUCAAACGCUCUCAGGGCCGUCAUCAGUGUUUCUCUGGAGCUGCUCAGCACAUUCUGAAGCGGGUUAGAGAUUAAUCCAAACUACAAAGCAACAGAAAAGAGCUGCAGCAAGGAGUCCUAAAACCUUGACAUCACUUCCUGUCCACUGGUCUGGAGGUCAAUGGUUCUCUGAGUGUGUCGGCUCUCCCUAAGGUCUGAUGAAGAGAUGUUAGAAACAGAGGUCGUCUUCAGCUCCACAGGGAUGAAGACUGAAGAUGCUGCUGCCACCUGUGCACUGCAAGAUAAAACAGCAGCUCAUUACCUGAACACACACACACACACACAUCCUGGAACGGAGCAGUCAGAGAAACGGAGGUUCCUCAGGUGUGGAGAUGAAUGCAGUGCAGCAGCUGGAGUCUGCAGAGACCCAACCCAAGCUGCUGCGCCCCCCCUCCCUAACCCGCUGCGCUGCCUGCUACAACCACAAGGCCAACUCCCUGCUGCGCUGGGGCGGGGGAGACGGGGAGUCAAGCUCCUCCGCAGAGGACUCGGGACCAGAGUGGGGGUCCGAUGGUGAGUCCUCCUCUUCUACCUCCAGCAGCUCCGAGGAGGAGAAGGAGGGAGAGGAAGUGGAGAGACAGGAAGUGGAGAGACAGGAAGUGGAGAGACAGGAAGUGGAGAGACAGGAAGUGGAGAGACAGGAAGUGGAGAGACAGGAAGUAGAGAGACAGGAAGUGGAGAGACAGGAAGUGGACAUCAGGACGAAGACGAGGAGAAAGACGCUCGUCAAAUCUUCCUCCCUCCCCUCCUCCUUCUCCUCCCCCCGCCUCACCCCUCUGUCACUGCUUCCCCACCCUCACACCGUCGUCUCCACCCUGCACCUGGAGGUGUCAACAGACCCUGCCUCUUCCUCCCACCUCCACAGGCGGCAGGAGGAGAUGUGGGGGGGGGCAGGAGCUCAGUGGAACCAAAGAUGGCCGCCGUCUCUGCAGCAACACCUCCCUCCUCCCCCCCCGCACACACUUCCUGUUUCUCACCCAGUCAUGCUUCACGCACCUCUGCAGGCCCUGAAUGCACCGUACCCUCCUUUUAAUGCACCGUACCCUCCUUUUAAUGCAUCACACACACCUUUUAAUGCAUCACACACACCUUUUAAUGCAUCACACACACCUUUUAAUGCAUCACACACACCUUUUAAUCCACCACACACACCUUUUAAUCCACCACACACACUUUUUAAUGCAUCACACACACCUUUUAAUCCACCACACACACCUUUUAAUCCACCACACACACUUUUUAAUGCAUCACACACACCUUUUAAUCUAACGCACACACAGAUGCAGGCCCUGAAUGCACCACACACACAGAUGCAGGCCCUGAAUGCACCACACACACAGAUGCAGGCCCUGAAUGCACCACACACACAGAUGCAGGCCCUGAAUGCACCACACACACAGAUGCAGGCCCUGAAUGCACCACACACACAGAUGCAGGCCCUGAAUGCACCACACACACAGAUGCAGGCCCUGAAUGCACCACACACACAGAUGCAGGCCCUGAAUGCACCACACACACAGAUGCAUGUGUACCCGUGUCUCUCCCCCUCACUCUUCCCUUACUCACAUUAGACUCGUUAGGAUGUAUGAGAGCUUAACGAGGGGGGGGGGGUGACUUCAGGAAUUUAAAGAAAAUAAAAAGUUUGUCAAGUU